AUGUCGGGUGGUCUCUUUGGCGAAGCUGCUGCUCCGGCCGCGCCCAAGGAGGAAGAGCGCCGCACGAAGUUGUAUGGCUAUGAUAGCGUCGCAAGCCAGAUGCUGGAGCCUUACGGCGAAGGCGCAUUGGACACGUUAUCCCUAGAGCAAAUUUGGCAAGGAACGGUUAAAGGCAACAAACGGACGGCCUAUCACAGCCAUUUGGCUGCUGAUCAAAGCUCCGACGGCUGGCAUGUUGGAGCCGGCAUUUCCAUGACCUCUGCGGCCUUGCUUGCCGCAAUCAAGAACUUCAAAGGCGAAGACAUGAAGAACUUGAUUCGGCCCGACCUCUAUGAAAAGGUGCUCGAAGAGGUGACGAUGUUGGAGCCUGUUCUACUGGCCCUCAACUUCGGCAGAGGCUCCGCUGCUACCCGCGACACUGGGUCAUUCCGAGAAGCUAAAAAGGCCAAGCUCACGGUUUCCGGCAACGUCACCGAGAAUUCCGGCAACAUGGAUCCUUUGAAAGCUGCGGGCGACUUCAGAACCUGGCUGGUCAAGGAAAGAUCACCGUUUCGAAGCCUGCUGUUCAUCCUCUCGGGCAACAACUCUUACUACAGCGGGCACACCGCCGAGCUUGUGGCUCGAGCAGCGGUCAAGGUGAAGCCGAUGACCGAGCAAGAUUUCAUUGAGGCAGUGAAAGCCCGAAUGACUAAACCGGAUCAGACUCAGGGCAGCAAGGCAGCGUCCUCGGAUGGUACUGGCCUCUUCAAUGCCUGA